AUGUCCACCACCUACACCAAUGUGCCAAGUUUGCAAGGGGGUUAUUGGGGCUGGUUUAUGCUACUGACUCAUCUCUCCAUGCAAAAUGGUACCUGUCACACAUCACAUCCAUCCUGCUUGAUUACUGUGCCAAAACUCAUUCAAACUAGAGGCCACAAACCUCCACUGGAGGUGGAGGAUAUCUGUGCAUGGGGAACUGCCAAUGGAGGUUGCAUGCCUUUCAUGUGGGUCUGCAAUGAUAUCAGCAGGCUGUUCAGGAUUGAGGGCAGGGGAACACUAGCAGACAUUUGUCAGGAUGUCACAAGUGAUGGUGAUGAAAUGCUUAAGGCAGCUGAAAUGCUACCAGAUCGAUUAGGUUCUAAGACAUAUCCUACUUGCCAAUUUUGCAGCCAACAAUCCAUCACUAGGCUCCAUAAUAUUAAUUGUCAACUGUUUGCCACAAUUGUCACAAUCAUUGUUAUUCAUGACACAGUGCCACCACACACAAAUACAUUUGCUGCCCUGCUGCAAUAUGAGUUGCAAAAGCUGCCAUGGGAAAGCAAGAGGUGUUCUUAUGGAGGCUCAUUUUAUGCCAGUGCACAUGAAUACUCACCACCUGUCCAACAGAGCACCAUAGAUGCUGUAGACUCUGUCACUGGGCACCUCUUUGUGCUUACCAUUACUGAUGAUGGUCCAGACCCUGGUACCACUGUCAAUAAACUGUGGCACUCCUGCACUGAUUUUCAGGCCAUGGGUCCAAGCAGCAGCAUGAUAAGCAACACACCCAAGGCAAUCCCUUUAGGUGAUCUUACCAGUAGUCUGAGUCGCCUGACCCUUCAUUCUCCUGGGCCUUCUGUUGCAUCCCCCCCCAAAGAUGCCCUUGAGAGAGAAUGGCUCUCACCUGACUUGCCCAUUACUUCCACUACCCCCACUUGGCUCCUCCUUGAUUCAUCAGACCUUGGCUCUCUUGAUGUCCAGCAUGAACUUGUCAUUCUACACAAAGCAAUUGAUCAGGUUACUCGUUCCAUGGAGUUGGUGGCCACAUGCAAAAAGGCUUUAUCUGCAUUGUUGGAUGAGGUCCAAUCCCAGGCAAAUGAAUGGGUGCCUACACCUUUGCCUCAAGAUCCAGUUGAGAUUGACACAGGGAAGCACUACUCACCACCAAUGAAGUGA